AUGACAGCGACACGGGCCUCGCAUCGUGCCGCCACGGCCGCAGCCAGCAGUGGCGGUGGGGGCGGCACCCCGCCGCUGGGCGUAGCGGCUGUGCGGCAUGCGUCUGCCGGCAGCAGCAUCAGCGGCACAGGCGGCGAGACCGGACAACUGGCGCAUGUCGCGCUGGGCAUAAAGUCGAGGGGGCCGUCGCCCCCCACCGCUGCCUCCAGCGGCAGGCAGACCACGGUUGCGCAGCAGCACAGCCGGCACCUGUUCUACCAGGCAGUGCCGCAGCACGUGUCCACGCACCCCUUGCGCUCGCCUUACGAUGGCGAGAUCUGGCUGCUCUUCCUGCCCGCGCUGAUCGCGGGCGUGCUGGAGCCUAUCCAGCAGACAGCAGAGAGCAUCCUGCUGGGGGCUCUGGGACUGGGAACCGUGCUGUUCCAGUUUGCGGUGGGCUUCCUGGCCUGCCUCAUCAUUGCCACCACGCCCCGCGUAGCCGCACACUCGGACAACAAGGCGCUGGCGUCCCGCGCCACCGCCCAGGGCAUGUGGGUGGCGGUCGUGGCGGGCGUGGCGCUGCAGGCGGCGGUGUGGGCCAAGGCGCCAGACAUCAUCACUUUCAUGUCUUCCAGCGACGCUACUGUGGCCUCCCUGGCGGUGCUCUACCUGCGCGCCCGCUCCUGGGGCCUCCCCGCAGCGCUGGUCAUGAUGAUCUUCCACGUGCGCGACAUGGCCUGCCUGCCGGGCCCCGCCGACGUGCGCCCCUAUGCGCGCAUGACCGCCCCGCUGGCGGUGAACAACCUGUCGGCGCUUCUGCCCACGCUGGUGGCCACGUCUGCCGCCACCGCGCUGGGCGUGCAGCACCUGGGGGCGCACACCAUCCUGCGCCAGGUCAUGGGCUUCUGGCUGCAGCUCUUCAUUGCUUUCAACGCCACCGCCCACUCCCUCAUCGCCAACAGCCUCAGCCGGCAGCGGGAGGGGCGCGCCGCCGAGGUGCUGGUGCGCAUCGCGCAGCUGGCGGUGGCGGUCAGCCUGCCGCUGGCGGCGGCGCUGUUUGCCGGCCGCGGGCUGCUGCCAGACCUGUUCACCGAGGAUGUGCUGGUGCAGCGGGAGGUGGCCGAGGUGCUGCCCUUCCUGCUGCUGCUCAUGCCCCUGGAUGCGCUGGGCACCGUGCUGGAAGGCGGCCUGCUGGGCGCCUCUGACACCGGCUACCUGGGCGCGCGCACUGCCGCCUCCUGCGCCGUGUCGCUCUUGGUGCUGGGCAUCGCCUCGCUCACCCACGGCAGCCUGCUGGCGCUGUACAUUAGCAGCGGAUACCGCUGGAACUACUAA